CCUCAGACCCCGGUGGCUCACACUCAGCCUGAGGCUCCUCUUCAGUCUGAUCUCAGCGGAUCGGCUCAGACUCCUCCAGCCGAGCAGCUCGACACGCCGCCGUCCACCGUCGACACCGCCGCCCUCAGCGAGGAGCCACUUCCUGUCAAACUGCUCGUUAAACCCGGUCGACCCGCCCACAUCUGUGCCACCUGCAACAAGGAGUUCAAGAACAGCUACAACCUGCGGCGGCACCAGUCGGUACACACGGGCAUCAAGAUGAAGGACCGGGUGGCCCGCGAGAAGGAGGAUGGAGUCAAAGGUGGACGGGUGGAGAAGCAGACCGUCCCUCUGUCGCUCCUCCACCUCACUCUGCCUCCUCCACCUCCUCCUGCUCCUCCUCCUCCUCCGGCCCAGGAGACCCUCCCCCAGCACGCCACCAUCCAACAGGGCCAGCCGGUCUCUGUGUCCAUGGCUGCGCCGCCUCAACCCAUCCAGGCAGCUGUUGUGGUGGUGGGCUCCAUGGAGCAGAAUCUGAACCGCCACCCCAACGCCAACCAGGUGAGGAAGAACCACGCCUGCGAGGCCUGCGGGAAGGCCUUCAGGGACGUGUACCACCUGAACCGCCACCGCCUGUCCCACUCGGACGAGAAGCCGUACUCCUGCCCCGUCUGCCAGCAGCGCUUCAAGAGGAAAGACCGCAUGAGCUACCACGUCCGCUCACACCAGGGCAGCGUGGAGAAACCCUACGUCUGUCCUCACUGCGCCAAGGCCUUCUCCCGACCGGAUCACCUCAACAGUCACGUCCGGCAGGUGCACUCUACAGAGAGACCGUUCAAGUGCACGACGUGCACGUCGGCGUUCGCCACGCGGGAUCGACUCCGCGCUCACCUGAUCCGCCACGAGGAGAAGGUUCCGUGUCACAUCUGUGGGAAGCUGCUGUCCGCCGCCUACAUCACCGACCACAUGAGGGUCCACAACCAGUCGCAGCACCACGCCUGUCACCUCUGCAACCGCAGCUUCACCACGCUCACCUACCUGAGGGUCCACGCUCAGAAGCACCACGGUCAGGAGUGGAAGGAGAGCGGCGGGGCGCGAGGGGGCUUCGGUGGGACGGGGGCCGGCGGGGUGCUGCUGUGCCAGCUGUGCGGCGUGCAGUGCAAGACAGCCACGCAGCUCCAGGGUCACAUGGGCACCCACGCCAGCCAGGGAGACCCCGUCCAGGACCCCACGAGCACCACCGGCGUGGCCGUCACCGUGUCCAGUGCUAGCGCGGUGGGACUGCUAGUAACUGACUGCUCCGGCAUCGGCCCCCCGCCCCACAGCUAGCACGCUGGGAGGGCGACGGGGGGGAGGGGGGGUGCAGGUUAAACGAGGAGGAGAGACAACAUCCAACAUAGAUGUUUUCUCAACAAACUAAAGUCAGACUGAGAGAAGCUGCCGUGUAAAUCGUCUCUCCUCCUCCUCGUUAUUCAUGGUUUCGUGAGGACAACAAGUCUUUUCGGACCUUUUACCUCCAAACAGCUGAUCUCUCACGAACACUGAGAGACUCACUCUGCGAACUGUACAGAAGAGUCAAAGACAGGAAAGAGACAGUGGAGAAGAAGACAAUAAGGAGACCUCUGCUCACUCAUUAAGUAGUAAAACGAUGUGUGUUUAUUCACGUGGCUCAGCGAUUAGCUGUUUCUAUUUGUCAUCAUCUCGUUGUUUUAACUGUCGACUGACUUGCACAUUACAUUUAGCAGACGCUUUUAUCCAAAGCGACUUACAAUUCAGAUUCUAUCACAUUCUACACCAUAGAACAGCUACGG